CGCCCGCCGCCCCCCCACCUCCCGCACCCCGCGCUCCCCCCACGACCCUCGGAUGGGCGUAACCAGGCUUCCAAGAUCCAAUCAUCUCGCCCCUCCCCUGAACACGUCGCAGGUCCAGAAGGCGGUAUGACAGUGGCCCGCGGUGACGGCUCCCCGGAGCGGCUCGGCGGCGCGCUCCGUCGGCUCCAUUACCGCGCCACGCGACGAGCUCACUCCGCAGCAGCCAGACAUCAUUCAUCAACCCCUAAGGUCGUUGUCAUGGGCAGCAGUACCACAUCAGAUAAGACCAUCAACACCAGCACCGAUUCAGCAGCUACCGCCCUCACCUCAGUCACCGGCACUGAUGAUUCCAUGGACGCAGAACCCGACCUCAUCGACGCAGAUCCCCCUCAACAACCACAAACUGAACCUCAACAGAACCCCCCAAGCACAGCUCCUCCCCAUUAUCACCGAGCGCAAAAUAGCUGCGAGUUCGAUGCCCCCGCUUAUGCCAUCCCCCAAUCUGCGACAGACACACUCGACUCUCCCAGACCUGGCCCUGGUAGAUUUAUCUUUGAUGUUCCACUACCGGAUCCAAAAAAAAAUGAGAAACCUCGCAAUAAAAUUCAAGUGAGCCAAACAAAUCAGGGCGGGCCGUCCACGUCCAUUCAAAUACCCUAUGAUCCAAAGGUUGACCCACCAAAGAGUCCAAAAUGCACUCAAGUGAAAUACGAAACUCACUUCGAUUUUGAACCUGAAGCAGUGAAGAGACGAGGCAGUGAGCCAAGGUUGAAGAAUAAGCAGAAAUUGGAUAAGCAGGAAUAUUAUAAGGACGAGGUUGCUAAAUUACGGAGGCAGUUGGAGGGAACAGAGGUAUUUACAGCGAGUAGGAGACGCUCGUCCACACACCAACAUUCUGUUCCGCCGCCAUCUUCAAGAAGGCAGUCAACGGCAGCCCAAGUACAUGUAACUGCAAACCCUUUGGACUCCGCUUCAUCAAUGCCAGCUGGAAGAACUACGAUAGUAGUACAGCAACCCUCAUUGUCUUUGGACUACGGAGGCUGUUCUACUAUUCUUGUGAGGGACGGCGAAGAUGGAAGACGAACGAGCAGGGUUUGCAGUGACCACAUCCAGCAGCUCCUGGACGUCACCAGCCAAUUCACGUCUGAGGAUCUACAUGAAUUUGACAAGAGAUACGGAAGCCCACACCAUUCUCGUUCUCAGUCUGUCAAAGCGCAAAGAUCCCGUACGGGAGAGAGACAGCUGUUAGGCCUGCCUCAGCAGCGCGCCAGAGUCGCAUCCAUGCCAAACACUGGCGUCGAAGAAGAAUAUUACAGACUAAGGCAUUUUAGUAUAACCGGUAAAGGAGUUGUCAACAGAGGAGAUUCAUUGCGUUCACGAAGAUCACGAUCCAAUACGUCGGUGGCGUCGAGCGCGUCCAGCACGGAGGCUGUCACAAGAGCGUCUGCGCCCUGCUCCUUAGCGUCUUCUAGGGAUUCAUCUGCUGGUCUCAGUACAUAUCGAGUACUGGUACUCGGAGGUCCGGGUGUGGGCAAGUCGAGCCUAGUUGGGCAGUUCAUGACGUCAGAAUAUCUUCAUGCCUAUGAUACUAGUAUUGAUGACGAAUCGGGAGAGAAGUCUGUGUGCGUGCUGCUCGCUGGAGAAGAAUCAGAGAUCACAUUCCUGGAUUCACCACCUGAUAAUGCAAUCUCGGAAGGAACAGCGCACGGCUAUUGUGUGGUCUACUCAACAGCAGACCGGACAAGCUUUGCUGAAGCUGAAAGACGAUUACAAAUAUUAUGGGCAGCGGGACAUACGGCGAGAAGAGCUGUCAUCCUUGUCGGAAACAAGGCUGAUCUGGCAAGAUCUAGGGUGGUACCUACAGAUGAGGGAAAAGCGCUUGCGACGUCGUACGAAUGCAAGUUCAUUGAAACAUCAGUCGGCAUCAACCACAACGUGGACGAGCUGCUUGUUGGACUACUCACGCAAAUCAGGCUGAAACAGCAGCACGCUGAGCGAGUCAGAAAACGUAGCAGCUCUCGUAAGAACCGCAGUCGUGCGCGCUCGCCGUUGGAAGCGGAGGUGACGCCGGCGCCCGCACCUGCCUCCGCGGCCAGCACGCCCAGAAAACGCACGCGACUGUCAGCCAGUGUGAAGGUCCGUGGUCUUCUCGGGCGAGUCUGGGCACGUGACUCCAAGUCUAAAUCUUGUGAGAAUCUCCACGUGCUCUAGCACUCAGUCGCCGAGCCCGUCGCCUGCUUUCCAUUCUUCGACUGUGCCGCAAACUACGCCUAGAGUAAUCCUUGAUCCCUACAUCAAUUAGCGUUAUCCCUAACUCUGGGGUAGAGCGAGUCUAUCUCCAGU